AUGACAAUCGCCUUAAAAACAAACGAUGAAAACCUCAUCAAACAAACGGAGCACGGUAUACUUAAUCCAAGUGAAGGCGGCAUGAAACCAACCCUCCAUCAUAUUAAACACUUUGGACAGUACACAAACUUCUUUAUAAUGUACCCAGACAACUAUGAUCCUAUAACUAAAAUGGUAAUUGGUGAAGACAUGAGUUCAUCCAGAAUAUCUUAUAGAAAUGUUAUAGUCACUGUUAGAAGUAGUAAUGUCACUAAUGCCGUACUAAAUGAUACAGUCCAAACAUCAACGUCAAACACACAAAAACCCGCCCCAAUUGCAAAUCCAAUCGAUCACCAGAAAAAUCAUAUUCCAUCCGGUGACUCCAAUUCCUCAUCAAUCCAAUUAAAAGUUAGAGCUAUCCUCGAUUCACCAAAAACACCAACCUUUUCCUCAAUCCAUAACCAAAACAAAUCACCAUUGGCCCUAAUGAUAAUUGCUAACUUCGCCAAACCAGUUGAAAAUAAUAAUCCCCAAAUAUCAGUCGGGUCAACUCCAAUUGAGGCCAAUAAAGAGUCACAACAAAAACCAACAAAUACUAUAAGACUACUCGCAAUACAAUCCCUAUACAAUAACACAAACAUUAACAAUUCGAUACCACUACAAAUCAUCAUUGGCGACUUCAAUUGCGCUGAUUACAAAGAGGUACUAAACCAUCCCGAUAAAAAUCUGAAGGAAGAAAGCCUAAGCUUAUUAAUAGAGUCUCUAGUUAAUCUCAACAAUCUGCACGAUGUAGAUUACAAACUAACCAGAAACACUUUCUCACACAGAAAUGGUUCAGGUGAUAAAAGACUAGAUAGAAUCUACAUAGACAAAAGACUAAUAAACCCAUCAAGCCAAAACCUCGAGAUUAGAUACACAUCUUACUCCGAUCAUAAAAUCCUCUCUACUACCAUUAACUUAGCGUUCAAUGAUGCUCUUAAAGAUCCCUCAACUAUUUCAGAUUCUUUUAAACAAGGCCCAGCUAUCACUCUUCCUAUAAAAGGAGAUCCACUUCUAAUUAAAAAUAGAAGACCAAUAACACUCACCAACAGUCUUUACAAAAUUUUUGCCAAAGUGUUAAAUACAGUGCCCCGAUUAUAUAUUUAG